AUGACUUGGGGUUCUGUAUACACUGAGUAUGGGUUACCUUUGUUCUCUGACCACUCUCCUAUGAUGAUCACUAUCAAGAACAAUAAAAUGAAUAUCAGAUCCCUCUUCAGAUUCUUCAAUGUAUGGUCUGAGCAUCCACAAUUUGUAGUGAUAGUAAAUGAGGUGUGGCAGAAGCAACUGGCAAAUGGUAAAAUGGAGGAUAUUUGGAAGAAGUUGAAAACAUUGAAACCUGGCUUCAAGAAACUAAAUACUAUAGAAUAUAAGGGCAUCACUCAGAAGAUAGAGAGGACUAGAGAAUAUUUAAUAACUAUCCAGGAACAACUACAAUUACAGUACUCAGAUACAUUGCUAGAAGAGGAAGUUAAAGUUGCUCAGACAUUGGAGAAAUGGUCUUUAACUGAGGAAAGCAUCCUAAGACAAAAAUCUAGGGUCAAAUGGAUCAAACUGGGAGAUGAAAAUAACAAGUAUUUUUCUGUUGUCAUGAAGGAAAGGGCAACAAGAAAGCAGAUCUUAGAACUCACUUCUGCUAAUAGGGACAAGAUCACAACGCGUAAUGGUAUAAGGGAUGAAAUGGUACAAUUCUACUAUAAGCUAAUAGGAACUGCAGCUCAUUCCCUUCCAACAAUCAACAAAGAGGUAAUGAAGAAUGGGCCAAUUCUUACUCAUGAACAACAACUGAGUCUGAGUGCUGAGGUGACUGAACAAGAGAUACAAGCAGGGCUGUGGGCAAUUAGUAAGGACAAGGCACUAGGAGUUGAUGGAUACAAUUCUUGCUUCUUCAAGAAAGCAUAG